AUGCUAGCUGAGCUAGCUAGCCAAGAUGGAGCCACCGCUGAGGCUGGCUGCUGUUGGCGUGUGAUGGACAGACCUGCAUGAAUGGAUGUACUGCAGAGGGCUGUGUAAAAUACUGUAACGUUAGACUCAAGAAGCAUUUACGGAUUAACGUUAGGAUUUAAUGUUUGCAUCCACUGUGGCUAGUUUUAAUUUAAAGACGUUUUUUGUUACGCUUUCACUACUUUUAACAUUAACCAACUUCCUAGCUUUUGGCUAACUUAGCUAACGCUAAUGUUUAUUGUGAAGUUAUCGAUCCAUCAGGCGCUUUGCUGCUUAACACUGGACGAUAUACAACAAUUUAUCAAUCUAUUAUUAAUCCAAGUAUAACUGCUGGAUAAUGUUGACUCCACUUUGUUACAUUCAUAUAUUUUUAUAGUUGAUACACUUUUAACGAUCACGCAGUCGUAUUGGGCCUAGCAGUUGUUUCUAAAUUAACAUUGCGGGUAUUUACGGGAUAUUCAACCGAUCAUUUGAUAGACUGCAAAUGUUACAAUAUCAGACGUUCCUGUGGCAAAUGCAUAAACAUCAAUCAUAUUAAUUCAAGUGAUACAGUACAACGUCACCAGGAGAGAAAGAAGAUUCAAGUACACAACACAACAGUUUAAAAUGACUGAAGAUCAUAUCCUGCAUUCAUAAUCUCACUCGGGAUAUACUUGCUAUAAUCAGAAAAAUAUAUUUGAAGUAUUAAAAGUAAAAAUAUUAAUGCAUUGGAAUGCCCCGUUAGCAUAGCGUUGUGGUUUUGAAUUAUUUCUAAAUAUAAAUACAUUAACGUGGAGGCAAAUUUUUAGUGUUGUUGCUGAUGUAAGGUGGGGCUAACCUGAACUACUUUAUAUAGUGUUGGAUUGUUAAUUUCAGAACAGUGCAUCGUCUCUGAAACCUUAAAUUGGUUCCGUGUAUUGUAUUGUACAUCAUAAUCUGCCAAAUAACAUAUAACAGCAGUUUUCUGAGAAAUUAAGGGACUCAAAAGUAUACAUACUUCUGUAAUUUAAUAGAACUGCAAAGAAUCAAAAAAUGGAAAUACUGAAGUAAAAUUAAAGUACAUUAAAAUUUUACUUGAUCUGCUUUUGUCUGCAUGAGCUACAUCAAAGUGUGUACCAGCACUAUUGAUUUGUUGUUAAAUAAAUAAUGAUAAAAUCUAAAAGUGAUGUCUAUGUGACCUAGCCUAUUUAGUGAACUUGACACAAGCAAAUCUGUUUUUAGAAAUUAUUGAAUACUGUUAUUCUGUAUAAUGGAUAUGAUUGGCAGCUGCCUUUAUGGAUGCUUUAACAUUCUAAAAUACAAUUUUAGUGUUAGCUUCCGGCCAUUUGGACGUAAACAUUAAAAGGUAAUUCAGCUAUCAAGUCUGAUUGUCAUUGGCAGGAAAUGACAGUUUAUUGCUGUCCUGCCAUUUUAUAAAUCAGAGAUUCAUCGUGACAGUGCGUUGAAUAAAACUGCAGCCUUGUGGAUUGUCUUUUAAAAAGUUGUUAAAUCCAUCUGUGCAGUAAGAGUGAAUUUGUGUUGUGAGUUUGUGGGUGUAUGUGUGAUGAGAUUGAUAUCAAAUUCUUCCCAUACAUUUGUUGCAUACAAACUGAACAAUUGUGGCCCCUUUAUUUUAUUCAUUAAGGUUCAGUGUAUCUUUGCCAGCCUACAUCAAUCUGCAAAGGAGUUGCAGAAAAGCCUCAUGUUCAUCGAGCCGUAUGGGCAAGAAAACUGUUCCCAUUUAUACUUUUCUACAGCGGGUUUAAAAUUCUGCUGCUGAGGUCUUGAAGAUGCAGAAGGGUACAGUAUGUGGUGCAGAUCGCAGUGUGUAUAAACUAAAUUUUUUCCUUGGAUUUCUGUUGUAUUUUUGUUUUCAAUGUUUUAUAUUUGUAAAGGGCUUGGCUGGAACCCUUGUCUGAAAUGUUUACAUUUCUUAUGACAGUCUUGAUAGCAGGCCUUUCCUGCAUAGUCAAUGUAAUAAUGACAUAAAAUCAUAAUAGCUAAAUGAAACAAAAGUUCGCCAUUUACCAGUAUUGUCAGUCCUAGCCUGAUCCUUUGAUGCUCCACUGUACAGAGUGGAUGUUGAGCCUGAUCACAAGUUAAACUGAUUUGAGGCUCUAAUAUUGUCUAAUUUUUUGAGGUUUGGGUAAGGUAAGCACCAUGAAUAACAGCAAGUACCACAUACAUGCAGAACCACAUGUAAUGUACACAUGUAAACAAAGUCCAGUAGAUGCACAGUUAGUUCAUUACUGGUAAAUAUAAUGUUACACUGAUGAAGUGUGUGGAAAAACUUUGACAAUUAGAAAGAAUUGGUUAUCUCAUUGGCACAGAAUCUUUGAAUUUAUUUAUAAAAACACAUAACUCCUCAAUUAUUUUAUUGUCAUUACAAGAAUAUAUAUUAAAGCACUGGAUACCUCGCACCUACUAUCAAGUAUGUGAGGUCUGUCUCACUGGUUGUGUUUUGGAUUGUUUCAGGGGAUGAGACGCGGCAGAGGGUCAAGUUCACUGACGAGCGAGUCUGCAAAAGUCAUCUUCUCAACUGCUGUCCACAUGACAUCCUGUCUGGAACUCGUAUGGACCUCGGAGAGUGCACGAAGAUCCAUGACCUAGCGCUUCGGGCAGAUUAUGAAAUUGCCUCCAAGGAGAGAGAUCUGUUCUUUGAGCUUGAUGCGGUGGAUCACCUGGAGUCAUUCAUUGCCGACUGUGACAGGAGAACGGAACUAGCCAAGAAGCGCCUGGCUGAGACCCAAGAAGAGAUCAGUGCUGAGGUGGCAGCAAAGGCAGAGAAGGUUCAUGAACUGAAUGAGGAAAUAGGAAAGCUCCUGGCCAAGGCUGAGCAGCUCGGUGCUGAGGGAAAUGUGGAUGAGGCCCAGAAGGUCCUGCAGGAAGUGGAGAAGGUCCGCACCAGGAAGAAGGAUGCGGAGGAAGAGUACAGAAACUCAAUGCCAGCCUCCAGCUUCCAGCAGCAGAAGCUUCGGGUGUGUGAGGUAUGCUCUGCUUACCUGGGUCUCCAUGACAAUGACCGUCGUUUGGCCGACCAUUUUGGUGGGAAGCUUCACCUGGGCUUCAUCCAGAUCAGAGAGAAACUGGACCAACUAAAGAAAACUGUGGUCGACAAGCAGGAGAAAAGGAAUCAGGAGCGCCUAAAGAGACGAGAAGAGAGGGAGAAAGAGGAAAGGAUGAGGAGAAGGACCAGAUCACGGAGCAGAGAGCACAGAAGGUCCCGUUCUCGUGACCGCAGAAGGAGGCGCUCGCGCUCCUCAUCACGAGACAGGCGCCGCUCGCGCUCACGCUCCAGGGAGAGGAGGAGGCGGCAUCGCAGCCGCUCCCGCUCCCGCAGCCGAGGCCACCGUCACAGCCACGAGCAGAGCUCCAGACACAAGUCGUCUAGGGACCGAGAGCGCUCCUCCAGAGACAGGUCACGGGAGCGAGACAGGAGGGACGGGAUGAACGGCAGGUCGGACUCCCGCCGGGCAGACGACAGGGACGCAGGGGACCUCUGAAGACCAAACUCCAUCCACCACCGACACACAAUCUCCUCCUGUCUCUCUCACCUGUCUUGUCUGUUUAUAGUAACCUAAUGUUACACACAGUCCUUGCCUUGACCCCUUUGUUCUCCCGCCUGCCUCCUUUCUUUGCUUUAACAGUUAAUGCAGCCGACCCAGAGUGUACACACACCUGAAAUAUUGUAUGGAGUCACUUAUCUAGCAUCCAGAUAUAUCAGAUUGCAUUUGGAUGGCGGGAUUAGUUAUUGAUCAGUAGUGGAGUGUAUUGUAAUACCCACAUCUGUAUUUGGUGGCUGUCUGUCCAACACAUCCCAUGUCUUGUUAUAAACUACCCUACAAUUAUUCCAACAAACAUGAACUGAUGAUCUGCUGGACUGAAGCAUAAAAUGGAUCUUAUGUAUAUUCUUUUAUUAUUAACCGGUGGUCUUUUGAUACAGAAUCUGUCUGUGAAUAUGUUUGGGCCCACUGAUUGUCAUGGUCUGAAAAGCCUCAUCCUAUCAAGAAGUUGUGUAGUUUUUUGGGAUUUUUUUUUUCUCCCUCUGCUUGAUUGCAGUUCUUGAAUGUCUGCCUACAUAUUUGUCUCCAGUACUUAGUUUGCUGAUGCCCAGUUAAAGUUUUAGGAAAUCAAUUGAAAACCUUAAGGUUUUAAAGUUGCUAGUAUAGGUAUGAAUCUCAUGUCUCUCAUUGUCCACUUUUUUUUUUUGUUUAAACCAUGUUUGUUUUAUGCUGCCAGUAGUGAAGGGAAUCUGUUCAGUUAAGACUUUGGCCAGUCUAAGUAAAUGCUUGGUUUGAGUUUAUAUUGGCUGCAAGUCUCUUGUUUUAUAAUUUGUUCGAGUUUGAUUUCUUUUAUUUAAAAUAAUGAGAAGAGAUGGUAACUCCAAACUUAGUGUCGGCAUGUGAAACAGUAGGCUCAGAAAAUAUACAUUGGAAAUUCAAUGCUGAAACUGUGUACACCUUUGUGUCAAGUCGAACUGAAUUUUUGGCCCAAUUUGAACAAAUUCCCUUGUGAGUAGAUUUAUACGGAAAUGCAAACAGAUUUUAAUGAAUGCAUACCUAAUGUGUGAAGUCAUAUCUGUUUAUGUUCUGCUGGAAAUCUUUCUUUAAUGUCUGAAUUAAACAAUCCCACCAUUUUAA